AUGAGGCACCCUUUCACCCGCACCAAUAGCAACGGCAGCGCGGCAGAGACCGCAGUGUCCUACACCGACCUUCCCAAAGCCCACCGCCGACACCUGAACUACUACGCGCAUUCUGUCUGCGUCGAUAUGGCUCGCAUCUCCACCUAUCGAACCCUUCGGGCUGUGGAUUUCGAAAAACUCAUUGAAGGAUUGCUCGACUUAUCCUCUCUGACGUGUCUCCUCGCAAAAGGAUUGCGCGAUCCUCGCAGUACGGUACAGUCCCUCGCCUCGUUAGAGAUUGGUGGGGCAGAAAGGAAGAGGCAUAUUCAACGUGCUCCCCAAACUCGAGCCGAAGUUGAAGCUGAGCCCUGGGUUAAGGGGAGGACUUGGAGCAUUAGCGAUGAGAAUGAUGCUCUUACUGUGGUGGCUAUCAAGACAGAGGCAGCUGACGCUGAUGCUUCUCCGGGAAUGGAAGAGGGUCGUAAUGCUGCUUCUCUGCGAGGUGAAGACACGAAAUUGUGGGUGGAUGGGGAGAAGACUAGCAGCGGCGGUCGCGAGUCUGGACAGAAUGGCGACAAAGUCGAGCAGUGUCAGUGUCGAAGGGUGUGCCACCUUUUUGAAAUCAGGAACCUUCUGCGUGAUUGCGUCGAUCCCCACACUGGCGAUUUGCCCGACGAUGUGCAGGCUAUGGGGAUGGAGCAGCUGGCGGAAGUGGUGGGGCUCUGCACAAUGGGCUUGGGGUCGCUGAUGGAGGCAGGGCUAUCCACAAUGCCGAAUGAAGAUGGUCGUCGAUUGAGCUCCUUCUUCAAGCGCUGGUCAAGCAAGGCGACGGGUAAAUCGAAGCUCAAGACGGUGCAAGUGGUGCGGGUCGAAGAGGUGGUAGCAGAGGCUGAUGACGGAAGCAUUCGCAAGUCAGGUCAGUAG